AUGGGGAAUAUGUUUGCGAAUUUAUUUAAAGGCCUUUUUGGCAAAAAGGAAAUGAGAAUAUUGAUGGUUGGUUUGGAUGCAGCUGGUAAAACCACAAUUCUGUACAAACUCAAAUUAGGUGAAAUUGUAACAACAAUUCCCACUAUUGGCUUUAAUGUGGAGACAGUAGAAUACAAAAACAUUAGUUUUACUGUGUGGGAUGUUGGAGGCCAAGACAAAAUCAGACCACUGUGGAGGCAUUAUUUCCAAAAUACACAGGGUCUAAUCUUCGUAGUAGACAGUAACGAUCGGGAACGUAUCGGCGAGGCACGCGAAGAGCUCAUGAGGAUGCUCAGCGAAGAUGAACUACGGGAUGCAGUACUUUUGAUCUUUGCGAAUAAACAGGAUCUGCCAAACGCAAUGAACGCAGCCGAGAUAACAGACAAACUGGGUCUGCAUUCGCUGCGCAACCGUAACUGGUACAUCCAAGCGACAUGCGCCACUUCCGGAGACGGACUGUACGAGGGUCUCGACUGGCUCUCCAAUCAGCUCAAGAACGCCAACCGCUAACCGUAUGUGCGCCAACUCGCAGACAAAUCUGAUAAUUGAAAGAGACUAUGGUUUAAGAUAUGUUAACUUUAUUUGCUAUUAAAUACAAUGUAUUAUGUGCGGAAUCAUAAAUGUAUUACUGACGCGUCAUCUGGUGACCGAAGGCGCGCCGCAUUCGUUCCGAACCAGAUGCAAUACGGCACGUUGUGUGCGCUGAAAUAUUGUUUCUCUAAAUAUUACAUAAACUAUGUUUAUUUAAACGCAAUAAAUGGAAUGCAAAUUAAUUCGGUGCAAUGCUUGUACUUAGUGGCGUUAGGGUCCAUGAUAUGAUCAUGCGGCGCGUGUUCGAUCCUCGAUGACGUUGAACAAAAUAUAGUGUGUAAAGUUGGGGAAUUACCUACAAUUUUGUUUUUUUUUUAAUUUUAUCACUUAAUGGCGGAAGGAAAAGGUGUAACAUCUCCCCUGUGUGAUCGCACAUUGUGAUGUGGAUAGGUAUGUAGCUGACGCGUGAUAAGUUAAUCACAUAACAUGUUUUAUAUGUAUACAAUAAUUAUUUGGAAUAAGUUGUCGUAAUAAAGAAUUUAAAGUUAAUUUAUGACUUUAAUUUAGAUUCUUGCAGUAGUAGUAUUUAAUUUUUGUAAUAUUGUUAGGCUGUUAGUACUGCAGGUCAGUGUCUCGGGUUUAUCUAUUGAUGUGAGUAGCGGGAGGCUUGGGGUGUGAGGGUCGUCUUCAUUACACAUGACAUUAAAAGGGCGCUGCAGCUGCAGCCUAUUCACAUUGCAUUGGCAUCAUCGUAUCUAAAAAAUUACUGCGGUUAUCAUAUUUACAUGUGCAUUUCUCUUUCAUCUUGAACGACUAUUGUAACGAUGAUAGUUUAUUUUUAUCGAAGUUAAUUAGGUAGUCUAAGCUGUUAUGUAUUCAACAUUCGGAAACGGUCCUGAUGGCGGUUCCCGUUUUAUGAAACGGCUCGUUGUGAUCGACCUGCAUUUACAGUCUAAUUUUCAUGGCGAACCGAGAUUAAGUUUUAAUUUAGGUGUAAAGUGUAUUAGAUAAAAACACACAAUGCCAUUUUGAGGAGUUGUUUCCUUUCGGCAAGGAAACAGUGCUCAGGAUUAUAAGCGGUAAUCUUCUCUUACACGAUUAAUUGUAACUUAGCAUUUUAUAAUAUUAAUUUAGAAGAAAUUGUUGAAACUCGAUUCAGAAUUACAAUAUAUAUAUUAUGGAGAGUGCGGCGAAUAGCGAUCUUUUUUUUAUUUGAUGAAAAAAUAAAGUGAAAAUGCGAAUGUGACAUUCCGGUUUGUCUUAUGCUGUAUUAUGGAAUAAAAUAUCCUCACCAAA